CAUACACAGCGCACAGGAACAACUUUCACUCACAUCAUUACGCAUGGCUCUGGCGUUGCGCACAACAGCGACUGUAACACCGUCUUGGAAGAAACUGAUGGGAUUCUAAGUAAAAUAAGAGACAGCAACAACAAGCUACAAAAAAAAAAAGACGGUUUAAGGAUUUUUCAAGAGAUUAUUCCCAUUGUGCCAAUAAUGAUCUCCGCACGCAGAACAGGAUAUCCUCUUCGUGCCGUGUAAUUAUACAGCUAUAGGUCUAAAUCCGACACGCUAUCCGACUUCUCAUUUCACACAGAGAUGGAUCUGUGGGGAGUUUAUCUGUUUCAUCUCAUAAGUUUGGCUCUGUUAGAGGUUAUACUGGCCAGCAGAGACUGCUUGGUGGCUGGGGACUCAUGCUCGAGUGAUGAGACUUGCAGUCCACGGCUGCGGACUUUGCGUCAGUGUGUGGCGGGCAAUGGCAGCAUGAAGCUGGGCCCCGGUGCCAGAAGCCAGUGUGCCAACGCAGUGUCCGCUCUACUGUCCAGCCCAUUACAUGGAUGCCAGUGUAAACGAGGCAUGAAGAAGGAGAAGAACUGCCUGAGCAUCUACUGGAGCCUUCAUCAGUCUGUCAUACAUGGACUCAACCUGGUGGAAAGUUAUCCCUAUGAGACAGUGCAGAGGGAUUACGACUAUGUCCGCUUGGCAUCUAUUACAGCUGACUCUGACGUUGGCAUGACAACUGUGAAUCGCUGCCUGGAUGCAGCCAAGGCCUGCAAUGUUGACGACUUGUGCCAGAAACUCCGCACAGAAUAUGUCUCAGCUUGUAUCAAACCCACUGCCAAGUCGGGGCUGUGCAACCGGCCUAAAUGCAAUAAGGCUCUGCGCAGGUUCUUCGACCGUGUUCCCGCUGAUUACACACAUGAGCUGCUCUUCUGCCCUUGUACGGACACGGCGUGCGCAGAGCGUCGAAGGCAGACCAUUGUACCUAGCUGCUCUUAUGAAAGCCCUGAAAAACCCAACUGCAUCACACAGAUGAGGAUCUGCAAAGCUGACUAUGUUUGCAGGUCUCGUCUGGCACAGUUUCAGUACGACUGCGAACCUGCCGAAACGUCUGCCAAUGGCUGCAAGCAAGGGAACUCUGGAGCCUGCCUUCUCGCCUACACAGGGCUCAUAGGAAGUACGAUAACUCCCAACUACGUUGACAACUCCACGUCCAGUGUGGCUCCGUGGUGCUCCUGCUCAGGCAGUGGGAGCCAGAGAGAGGAGUGUGAUCUUUUCCUGGGAUCCUUCACUGACAACAUCUGUCUCCGGAACGCUCUCACAACAUUUGGAAGCGAAUCAGACCAACAGCCGACUCUCGGCCAGCCCAGCGCACCCAGCCCCGGCCACAGCAGCAGAGAGAACAGGAGCGCCACUUCUCCACCAGAAACCAUAGAGACUAUGAGGAACAUUCUGGAUACAAUCAUACCAACACAGGCCCUAGGAAAUGAGCUGCUAGUGGGUCAGUCCACCCUGCCAUCCAACAGCCUCCCAAACACUGCUUCACCUCCCAGCCUACUGCUUCAGCCUGCCUUCAGCCUUCUGUUGUUGCUCCUUCAUCUGCUAAACAAUGGACACUAAAGACUGUAGGGGAGCGUGCUGAGGACCCUCCUAGUAUCCAAACAGAUGGGAGGACCAAUGCAGUUCAAAGGAAAAUGGACCAUGUGGCUUUACUCCUCCCUCUAAAUAUGUACAGCAGUUCUGUUUUUUCUAUUUUUGUGUCUCAGUGGUCCAGUUCCACCUGUCAGGGUUCUCACUCAGAGUGUGGGAGACCUCUGCAGAUUGAAGCCAGUCUGUACAUUUGUACAUUACCAUUGCGAUCAAGUCGAGCCAAAAUGAAGUCAGAGUACCGCUUUUGUGGACUAACCCUGCCCUCAGCUACCCAACUGUAUCCAUUUUCAAGAGUUAUUAUGAAAAUUUAAAGAUGAUGUGUAUGAUGCAAAGACAUGAAGUAUGUCAGUACCUGUGAAGAUCUGUAUUAUCAACAGAAGCUCUUAUGUGAAAUACUGUACAGGAAAAUAGUUGGAGUAAACCAGUGAACUCUGUGUCUGAUCGGAACUUGCCGCACAAUGUGAUUGGAGAGCUGCUGGAGUAUAUGGGGCUUUAAUACCACUCUCCUCAAGUGACUCAAAGAGGAGGUACAUUAUUUCUGAUCAAUACUGGAAUAGUGGAGCGACAGACAGAGAAUAGAGCAACAUUUUUCUCAGACAUCCUGGACAAAGGUCCUGAUGUCCAGCAGCGCUGUCUAGAAGAGAGGUGGCAAACCAGAGUACACAAGAUCAACUCUGGCAUAAUAAUCGUCCUCACCAUCAAACUGUUGCCCUUUGUCAAACUCUCUCAAACCACUUUAUUUGUUAUUGCUAAAGCUACGGUAGCUAUUCAUAGAAAACACAAGAUUUUGGUCUUUAUCAGCAAAGACAAGCCCUUGGACUUGAAAGGAAAUAAUCAGAAAAGCAGUAACUCUUUACCUGUAGCUGCUGUACUAUGUGUUUGUGAACAUAAAACACCUUUAUUUCUCAUUGUGUACGUGAACAUUGCUCUACGGGGCUCUGAGUUUUUGUGCCAGAGAGGAAAGUGAAUGGUUUGAAGUAUUGAGUGUGACCACCACUCGUGCAGAGCCUGUUUGAGAUUAGACAGUUAUGAAUGAUUCAGUAUUUUCUGUUCUGGGAACGUGCCACUGAAUUCUGAACAGGACCAGAGGUGCUGCAAA